CUGGUGCGUUACUGCGAUGGUUGCACCCUCCGCGUCCACGCCUUGAUGGUGAAGAUUCGGUUAGGUACAGACUUUACGGGUCUCAAUGCACCACUCCUUGCGUUGUGGCAACUCGGUGUACCUGUUGAUCACGUGUUUUCUUGCGACAAGGAACCGGCGGUCCAGCGCUUCAACGCCGCCGCGAUGCCCGCCCAGCAUCUAUACGACGACAUCGAGCAGCGAGACCACUCGCUUGUUCCAGAAGUAGACUACUACCAUUUCUCCCCGCCGUGCCAGUCGUUCUCUGCCGAAGGAGUUGCGGGCCGACCUGUCGAAGGAGACGAUGCACGCGACGCGUUGUUUCGGCACAGCUUGGCAUACAUUGCGAAUCGCACCCCGAAGCUUGUGACGUACGAGAUGGUGCCAAACAUCAAGAUCAAGCAGCACAGGUGGGCGAUGCGAGAGAUCAAGGCCGAGUUGGAGGCGCUCCGCUACACCGUGCAAGUGAAGACGCUACACUGCGAAGAUCAUGGUGUCCCCCAUCAUCGGCACAGGUUGUUCAUGGUCGCGUGCCGCGACGGGUGGGCGAAGCCGUUCACGUGGCCGAAGCCUGUCGGCUUCAAGAGGACCUUGGCUGAGAUCCUGACUAAGUAUAGAGCCCACCUGAAAGAGAAGAUCAACCCGGCCAAGACGAUCGUCAUCACGGACAUUGGACGCAGCCUCUCGCGCGGCAACUCGAGCACCAACUUGACCAUUGAGGGCCUCUUCCCGUGCACUACGAAUCGUCGAGCAAAUGCAUUGGACUAUUGGAUCUCGGUGCGCGGCCGACGCGUCACGCUCCCAGAACUGUUUGAGCUCUCUGGCAUCGACUGCGAUUUGCAGGAGAAGCUGGCUGCGUGGUCGAGCUGCAAAACAAAAGUGUCAGCCGGGCAGAUGGGGGCGAUGAUCGGCAACACGAUCCCAGUGAACAUCAUGGAACGGGUGCUUCAGAAGGCCUUGUGGGCGUCUGGAUUGGCGACCCGCCGCUUGCCAGAUAGGUGCAACCAGAAGAAGACGAAGUCACAGACCACCAACGUAACUAUCAUCGCAGCCAACCUAACUCAGCAGGGCGAGGCCGCCGGCGGGCGACCUUGCAGGCGGCCCCCCCCCGACUGUGCGCCAGCCGCGCUGUCGAUGAGCCCAAAGAAACGAUCCGCCACCGAUGCCGGCGCAUCCGCGGCGAAGAGGCCCAAGGCGAAGGCCACGUCGACGCCCCUCUCUGCUGACCCCGCCGAGUCGCCGCACGACGAGCAGACGACGGCGGUGCCCGAGCUGUCAGGCGUGAACGCAGAUUACUUCACUCAUGUGCAGAAGCGGCUGGCCACCAUCAAGCAGCACGUCGUGUUGCAGACGGCGUUCGCAGACAGCGUGGAGCCGGUCGCUGUUAGCGAUGGCGCGGUGGUCCCCCCGAUCGACAUCGGCGUUGUCGCGAAGAAGCUCGAGUCGAUGGACGCCAACAUCGAGGGGGCGACGGUCGUCGGCACUGGUUCCGUCCCUCUCGCAUGGAUCGACACGCUGAUGAACCCCACGCCAGGUGUCCAGAUCAACAUGAGCGACGUGGACCUGUUCAUCAAGCGCGACUUCAAGAAAACGUCGGCGCUGCCUUCUAAGCUGCGCACGAUUGCCAUUGCACUGACGGAACACUCUACCGAGCCGUUCGUGGCAAAGAAGUUGCAGAGUUUGAGCGCUUUCGAGAAAUUACACGCCCCCAUCAAGGCCUGCGCCGAUGAAGUGGACACUGGCACGAUGACGGAUGCCCGGGCCCGGGACUGGUUGAAGCUUUUCCGCCAGGUUCCAACCGAGGUGUACCGCGUUAACCAAGCCGACAUCGCCACCGCCGCGUUCACGCUCCGGGAGGACGCGAAGGAUGAGGCGCACAUCGUGUCGUGGACGACGCUGCAACGGAUCCAAAUUGUGAUACGAGAGAAGUACAUGCUGAAACUAGCAACGGGUAAGGAUCCCACAGAGAAGCAGUUGGAGACGCACUUCGAGAAGAAAGUUCACCUGGCUGCCAAGAGCGAGAAGCUGUCCUCUUCGUUUAUCGACAUUGCGAAUACUGUCCAAGAAAGAGCCCUUCGCCACAAGGGCAUCGCGGAGACCAUCAACACUCUGGACCGCCACUACAAGCACGCUGGACCGACAUUUGGGAUUGGGAAGUUCCAGAUCGUGAUCAACAAGUGCAAGACUGCCCUCAACAUCGAGUGGUGCUACAACUACUUGUUGGACGCACUAUCGAUGGAGUUCAUUGAGCUUUCCGAUUGCAGCAUCUCCAAAAUGAACACGUGGAUCUGCGACCUCGCCCUGAUUAAGUUGAGCAGCAGGGAUUACUUCCUCAAUCAGUGGGCCCACAGCAACGCGUUCACGGCUGAAGAGAUCGGUUGGUGCAGGAACGCGUUCGCCAGCCACGAGUCGGCGCGGGCGACCUUGACGAACUACCCAGGUGCAUCGUCGGUCGACAUUUCUAGCCUUUACGUGAGCGGCGCAGGCACGAAGCGGCGCAAUGCCUUUCGGUUGGCCGUCGCUUUCUGGGAGAAGAUUGCGUUCGGGAACGACUUCGACACCGCCUUGAAAACGGCGGCGAAGAACGCCAAGGGGCCUGAGGAAUAUCUUGCUGAAUACACGGCGUUCGAGGAAGACCUGACGGAGCUAAAGGAGGAGUUGAAGAAGGAGCAGCAGCAGGCGAUCGCCAUGGUCUACGCCAUCAACGAGUUCAUCACCAAGAAGAUCCCGACGGAUGUCACCGACCCGAGGGCUGAUGAAUGCAAGAAGUACUUGGGCAUGGCCGAGCGCAUCGCGCGGUCGCUCACCAGGGUCGUCACCAUACCGGCGAACAUGGCCACCAUGAUCGAGGAUAUCAAGUCAAGCGCGAUGGCCAUGGCUAAAAGAGAUACGCUGGCCCUCCCGGGUGCUCCGCUACCCUCUCGCUGCUGCGGUGUUUGA